UGCUCCAACUAAUAAGCUCCAAACUCCAUAGUCCAAACCCAUCCGGCCAUCCCUAAAAACUCCUAAAACCUCAGUGAAUUUCAUUUGGGACAUGACAGCAACCUUAAACUCACCACUCCAAGUGAAGUCCACGCCCAAAAUGAGCUGAAACCCACACAGACUUCUCAGCUUCACCACAAAAAGAAAAAAAAAGAAAUGUUGAGAAGAAGACUUUCUUCCAUCCUCUCCAACUCAAUCCUGUCACUCCGCGCCAAUACCAAUCCCAAUCUCAUACUCCAACCUUUACGCUUCACACAAUGCCUUGACUCUACUUCCAUAUUGACUGUCCAGAAAGUGCCCACAGUUUUUGAGAGCAUUAGGUGGUACAGCCUUUUGAGUCUGAACGAUCUGAGAGACAAGGUCCCGAGGAAGCAGAAGACAAGGAAGGGCAGAGGAAUUGGGUCAGGGAAAGGCAAGACUGCUGGGAGGGGUCACAAGGGACAGAGAGCCAGAGGCUCUGGGAAGCUCGGCUUUGAAGGGGGUCAGACCCCACUUCGUCGUCGCUUGCCCAAGCGUGGCUUCCAUAAUCCAUUUAGUCUCACUUUUCAGCCAGUAGGCUUGGGAAAAAUUGCCAAACUUAUAAAUGCUGGGAAGAUAGAUUCUUCUGAAUUGAUUACAAUGAAAACACUCAAGGAUACAGGGGCAAUAGGAAAGCAAAUAAAAGAUGGAGUAAGAUUGAUGGGACGAGGUGCUGAACAAAUCAAGUGGCCAAUUCAUCUGGAGGUUUCAAGGGUCACAGUUAGGGCAAAGGAAGCAGUUGAAGCUGCUGGUGGGUCUGUUAGAAGAGUGUAUUACAACAAAUUGGGCUUCCGAGCACUGCUCAAGCCUGAGUGGUUUGAAAAGAAAGGCAGGUUGUUGCCCAAAGCAGCUAGGCCUCCCCCGAAACAAAGGGAUAAAGUUGAUAGCAUCGGCCGAUUGCCUGCCCCAACCAAACCUAUACCAUUUUCAGUUGACGAAAAGGAGGCAGCCUCCAGUUCAUCUGCUUAAUAAACCAACUGCGCAGUUUGUUGGCUCAUUCAAGAAUUGGUUAUUUGAUGACAAGUUAGCAUGUAAGCAAAUUUUGUUUCCUUUAAGAUUGUAGGUGCAGUAAAUUUCAAUAUGCUUUGCACAAGCUAGUUGCUGUGCUUCAAAACAAAAUUUGAAAAGACUGAGGGAAAAUGCUUUUGCGCGAUCUCAACAGAGUGAGGAAAGCUUUCUACUU